AUGAGACUAAGAAAUUUAUUAGGUCUUGCCGCUCUGGCUGUACCAAUUGGUGCUCAGUUGGCUCCCAAAGACGUUCUGCCCCACGCCUUCAUCCUUACGGAUAUCUCUAACGAACCAGACGACGCCGAGAGUCUCGUGAGAGCUCUUCUCUACUCUAAUGAGAUUGAUAUCCGAGGAAUUGUUGCAACAACAUCCUAUUGGCUGAACAGUACCAUUCACGAUGAAGAUAUUUAUCCCAUACUCGAUGCGUAUGAGAAAGUUCACCCCAAGCUAUUGCUUCACUCUCCGAACUUCCCUAGUGCGGAGUACUUUCGCAGCAUUGUCAGCACUGGAUACCCGGUUUAUGGCCUUGCUUCUCUGGAAUACCCUGAAAUCAGCAAGGGUGCUGCCAAUUUGAUCAAGCAGGUAGAUAGUCUGCCUGCCAACGAAACCAUGUGGGUUCUGGUCUGGGGAGGUGCUGCCGUUCUGGCAGAGAGUUUGACCGAAGUUUCAAAGACCAGAUCCAAGAAGGACGAGGCAACUUUCCUUGAUAAGAUCAAGGUUUACUCCAUCUCUGAUCAGGAUGAUGCUGGUGCUUGGAUCAGGUACACUUACCCUCAUUUGUUCUACAUUGCCUCCGUACACGGUUUCAACCAGUACGCCCUCUCUUCUUGGGUAGGUAUUUCCGGUGAAUUCUACAACAAGUUUGACAAAGGAGGACCUGAUCGUUCUCUUGUGUCGAAGGAGUGGCUUCAAAGAAACAUUCAGGUCGGACCUUUGGGAAAAGCCUAUCCAGAGUACAUGUUCAAUAUGGAAGGAGACACUCCCUCGUUACUUCACAUCAUUCCCAACGGAUUGAACGAUCCCGACGCACCUAGACAUGGCGGCUGGGGUGGCCGUUAUGACUUGGUUGAUAUUUCUGGAAGGUUCAAUCUUUAUGGCGGUGUAACUGAUCAUGUGGUGGGUCAGGAUGGUGAGUUGUUCUGUAGUGAUAAGGCCACCAUCUGGAGAUGGAGAGACGCUUACCAAAAUGAUUUUGCUGCCAGAAUGCAAUGGACAAUAAAGCCUUUUGAAAAGGCAAACCAUGCCCCUGUGGCAGUGGUCAACGGAACUGAUUCCGUGAAGCCUCUGGAGUUGUUUGUGGCUGCCGGUUCGCGUGUGUAUCUUGAUGCCUCCGAGUCGUAUGAUAUUGAUGGAGACUCUAAAUUGGACUUCAAUUGGUUUCACUAUAGGGAUGUUACCUUGACCCAAUCGAACAUUAUGGAGGUUGCUGAGAUCGAGAUUGAUAAGUCUGGAAGCAAGGCCAGUUUUGACGUUCCAGAUUUCCAAACUGCAUGCUUCAACCCCUUUGGAAUUUUCCUUGGAGAGGAUCACUGCAAAUCUUAUCACAUUAUUUUGGAAGUCACGGAUUCUGGCUCGCCUCCUUUGAAGGGGUAUAAGAGGAUUAUUCUUCGCACUCAUCCAGAUCAAAAAGAGAAGUCUGAAGAUUCCGAAAACAGCCAUGAUGAGUUGUAA